UAUGAAUCAUAUUAAUGAAUCAGAAAAUUACCUAGGCAUUCAUGGGACGUCUAACUAUUAUCAUACGAUCGCAUACCUAAUUACCUACCUACUUAGGUAAUAUAGGGGAAUACACUAGCAGGAGCCAGGAAGUAAGAAUUACCUAAACAUCAUAUGUUCAAAAAUUCCGUUGUCUGUAUCAUCGACGCCCGGCCUCCAUUACUAUUAUUUCCCGCGGACAAGCACAGACCGUUUACAUGCAGUCGCCGGGUUCACAAGAUCGACCUUACAGGUCUCAUUUACGGCCCGCGUGUCUUCCUUGUCGGAAAAGGAAAUCUCGCUGCAAGAUCGAGGCUCAGUCGUUGUCAUGCUUAAUGUGCCGGGCACAUGGGACCGAAUGCGAAUUCCCGACUAAACCACAAUCGAGUUCUAUUCAGGGAAAGAUUAAUAAGGGUCAAAAGGUCCAGGCUCGGGAACGAACGGUCUCCGAGAAUGCGCCACGGCGUCCGCCCCAUCUAACCCUUUAUGACCAUGAGGGGAUAGCAGACGGACGUCCGGCCAUUAUCAAUGACCCUAAUAGUGUCGUACUCGAUACUCCGUGGGAUGGGAUGAAUACUCCCAAAGCCCAUCCUACUAUUCACCAUGGACCUGAUGAGUCUCAGCAGACACCUCUAUCAAUCGAGGACACGGAGAAUGAAAAUCCUCACAUCAUCAGCCCUGCGAUGACAAGCGACAGUCAGGUGUUAACAGACUAUUUAUCGACUAUGGGCAGUGAUGGGUGUGGCAUACGCCUGAUACGUCCACAACGUCCAAAACAGGCAAAUGGGACUAGGCAAGUCCUGUUCACUGCCGUGCAGAAACGCCCCGUGGGGCUUACCAUUAGUCCCAGCCCAUCACACACGAAGUGUGAAAUCAUUGAAAAAUUGCUUGGGCCGUGGACAGAGAAAAUGGUUGACUUGUUUUUUGAGAGGGCGAACAUAUGUUUCCCCUUAUUAGAUGAGGCAUCGUUCCGAAGCCGAUACGCAACCGCCAAGGAUCGCGUGUCGCCAGCCCUUCUCGCGUGUCUCUAUGCUAAUAGCUUGAUAUACUGGAGAUAUGAACCUCAGCUCACAGGACAGAGACCUCCCGAUAUUCGGUUCAUUUGGAAUCUCGCCAGUGAGGCUGCUCAGUCUGAACUAUUUCUCUCGCCGGGCAUGUCUACAAUCACUGCAGUGUUACUAGAUGUAGGGGGGCGACCAACAACAGCCCUAGUAGGGAAUGGCGUCCGGCUCGGUAGUGCCAUAUCUCUAGCGUAUUCCUUGGGCUUGAAUCAUGAUCCAUUAUCCUGGGAUAUAUCGAGCUCUGAGAAGAUGCUACGAAUGCAUAUCUGGUGGUCGCUACUGAUCCAUGACAGAUGGUCAAGCUUAGCCUAUGGCACGCCACCCCACAUACAAAGGUCCUUUUAUGAUGUUCCCCAACCAAAAAUGGAAUAUCAGCUUAACAAAUCCGACUCUCCGAGGCGCCUGGGCGCGAUGGGGAUUUUCGUCGCUCUUUCAAGAUUAACCAAUAUUUUAGAUUACUAUCUCCAAUACCUCUAUCAAGUAGACAAGGAUGCCGAUACUCUAGUGACAAACCUGGAGCUUCGCCUUAACAGAUGGGUUGAAAGCUUGGAAGAUGGCGCCCGUCAGGUAAUAACCCGUGGCGCUUCGUUACAUAUCCCCGGCGCACCUAAUCUACGACUGGCGUAUCUCUCUAUUCAAUUGCUUACCCAUCGCAUCCGGAUGGAAAACACUCGGUCUAGGACCGAGGUAGACGAAGACGACCUAGCUAAUCAGUAUAUACAAAUUCGCCGGACGGCAGAGAAUAUCCUAUGUUUGGUCCAGGAACUCCAAGAAGAGCACUUAGGAGAUUUCUGGUUGCCGAUCAGCGCGUUUACUUUUCCGUCAACGGUCACUUUUCUCCUUCGCUGUGCGCUUGAAACCGGGAAAUCGCCAAAGGAUCUAGCGGAAAGUAGUUCUUUCAAACUAGCGCGGGAUUUAGUCACAGCAUUGCGUCGCCAUAGGGAUAAUUCGGGUUGGGAUCUAGGCGAUAUCUGCUUGGCGCAACAUGCUGAAGUUAUCGAAAAGCUUGCAUCGCCAGUACAGGCUGUCGAAGACAGUGCUAGCAUCACAAGCUUUGGGGAUUUGAUGAUACCGGAUGAUCUGUUCAUUGAUGAUUUUAACGAUAUAUUUAGUGGUUUCUAGGCAAAUUUCCAAGAAAGUGUAUCUAGUAA